CCCGAGAUCACCAUUCGGCCCCUUACAGGAUGUUUGUAAAUAAAUCGAUGUAUCAUUUAAAACAUAAAAUAAUUCCUCCAGUCCUCGCUGAUUGAGAACAGCUCCCAUGAUUGAAGCCGCAUUUCUACUGCCAAACUGAUCAUUUUUCUUAGGUGAGGCUAUGGUUACUAAAAAAAUACCUAAGUAAAGGUGCGUUUAUGCUUUCUGAUUAAUUGUAGCGAUCUCUAAGAGAAUUGAUAACCGACGGGUUUUUAGUUCCCGUCCGCGUUACAUUAGCGUCGCCAUAGCGUUCGCUAUGCAAUUCGCCAUGCGGGUUUAUGCAUUAUUUCCUCCUUCAUUUCACGGCACCUUCACGAUCACCAUGAAAGUUGAACUCUUUUCAACUUUUGCACGCACGAAGGAGAGAGGAAAUUUUUAGAAAUCACGAUAAUUUUAUAAAUAUUUACGAUUUUUGAAUCAAAAUUUUACAAAAUGACCACAAAAGUGAUAUCUGCGCCCAAAUCUCCACUGGAUUUGGAAGAAAAGUUAAUUCUUCUGGUUCAGCAACGUCCUGCACUGUACGACAAAAAGGAUCAUGCAUACAAAAACAGAAACACUCGUGCAUUGAUGUGGGAGGAGAUUGGAAAAAUCCUUCUAAAGACAGGUCAGUUUACUGCAGAGUCAAAAUUCUCACUUCCAUGAGUUCUAAACAUUUAAUUUUUCAGAAACUGAGUGUCAGCAACUUUGGACAAAAUUGCGCAGCCAAUUCAGCGGAUUCCUACGAAAAUUGCGCAAUCCAAGUGGAAAGGAAGACAAGCCGCGUGCUUUUUUCCGGCACGAGGGAUCAAUGCGGUUCAUCCGUGACACUGUUGACCCGGAUGAAAGUACUGUCUCCAACCUUGUGAACGAAGAUGAUUCAUCUUUUGUGGAAAUGUGUGGACCGGGGUCAGAGAUCCAGAUUGAAGUGGUUGACGUGGACAAACUCCCCGACGGUUUUAAUCCACUAUCAACUGAAGAGCUGACAACGACAACCUCUGCACUUGUACCACGGUCACAACCAGCUCUAGCUUCGAAGAAACGAAAAUUGGAUGCAUUUGACAAGGAGAUGUUGGAUUUGCUCAAAUCAAACGACGAUGAGCACGACAGCUUUGGAAAAAUGCUGGCCCCUAAGCUGCGGAGAAUUGCAGAAUUGGACAGAAAAGUAUUCCUCAAUCUUCAGCGUAAAAUUAAUGAUGCAGUGCUUGAUGCAGAGAUAGAAAUUCUUGCUUAA